AUGGGGGCGUUCCCCAGUGCACGGAUAGUGGCGACGACUUUAAUUUUGUGUUCAGCAGCGUUUCUGAUUGAAGGUAAGAUUUACUCAGUUCCAUCUCUGUGAGUUUAUUCUAGAAUACAGUAAAGAAACAGACUCGAGUUACUUGAGAAUUUUUGGGGGUGGGGUGGGGGACAUCAAAACAGUUCUCAACUCGAGAUAAAACUUGGCACUGAAUAGAAAAUUAAGCGCACCACCCGAAGCAGUACAUUUUACCCUCAUUUUUACCAUGCACAAUUUACAUCCUCAGUGUGAACUUUUGAGUUCGAUGUUCUCCUCCGUUUGGUGGACUGUAGUAAUCAAGGGUCAUCAAGCAGUUUAGUUUACGCGUACCGUUUAUCCCUUCUGACACUACUAAAUGUUUUUUAAAUUUAAGUUUACGGGCUGCUUAACUAUCUUUAACAAAAGUCUCGUCUUGUUUAAAUAAGUCAGUACUUUGAAAACACGCAGAGCUGCCAGUUUGUAGAAAAUAGCUUGUGACCGACCCGAAAUGAACCGCCAUUCCACCUCGCUAAUUGUUCCAUUACCCACUUGUCAACAAUUUCCACUUUCAGGACAAAGUCUUCUGCAACAUGGAAAGGUCAAUUUCACCGUUGUAUCUCCAAGCCUGGUCCACUGCAGAACCGUGCAAUUCCCUCAAGUAUUUUCCAGCUCCAGUAACAUCCGUGUUCUCGCAUCCAUCAGCCAUGAAAACGAAUCGUUAAGUGUGCACGAUUCAGCAGUCGUUUGGACUACAGAUGUGACACAGAACAGCUUCCGCAUUUGCGUGCUAGAGGCAGGCCUUGGCACAAAUGGAUCUGCUGUAGUAAACUGGAUUGCGUUUCGUGGCGUGCCCUCUGGCGCCCUCGACGGCACCGCUUCCUUCAACGCGUUCACCAGCGGAACAAAAUGUGAAAGAGUUGACUUUGCUCAGGUAUGGUUUCCAUGCCGAGUUGUUUUCUUUUUAAGCGUUCACAAAUUACUUGUAGAAACCAAGAGGAGGUCUUAGAACUGAUAAAAUGUUCCACAGAGUUAGCUACAUUGGGAGGGAAGCCGGGGUGCUUUCUCUCUACUCGUAUUAGUAGAGACAAUUAUGGGGAUGGUUGCUAGGGGGAAGUUAAGUACUUACUUGUGUGGUUUAUUGAUGUUUAACUUAGAAAUGUCUCUGCAAUGUUUCACACUUAGCGACUGUAAGCUUUUGAAACAAUUUAUGUUUAUUUAACGCCCACUUACAAAAACAAUGCGAGUAAAAUACCAUUGUGGAUUAUGUCUAUUCUUGACCAUCAAGAAUUAUUGCGUUUUGAGCGAUUAAUUAAGUUAAAAAGAACCGACGUUUCAAGCUUUUGUUGAAAUAAUAUUUACCCUUGACUGUUAAUUCAACUUUCUUUGAGGGAAGAGGUAAACUACCCACCUGCCCCUCCCAUAACCUAAGGUUAACAAUAACUUCUAAAGAAGCUAAAAGGUUUGGUUAGGGGAGGGGUAGGCAGGCACUCCUAGGUCUUAGAAUCGUAUACUAAUCCAAGGGUUUUCUAGGUACUACUAUAAUGCUGAGAAAUGAUAUAAUCAGCAUGUCACGAGCAGGGGACAAUAAAAACAUCUGUCUGAGAACCCGACAGGAAUUGAACGUAUAACCUUUCGUGCACCGGUCGUAGUUGCGUAGUUAAUUGAAUUUGAAUAGCGAAAUGUUACAGCAUUCUUCCCCACUUAGUUACACGUGAGGAGUUAAUGCUACUCGAGUGACUUUUAGCUUUUGAAACAAAUGUUUAUUUACCGCCCAGUUACAAAAGCGAUAGGGCUAAAAUACCAGUGUGGAUUAUGUUUUUUACUUCUUGGCCACUAGGAAUUAUUGCGUUUUGAUCGAUUAAGUUAGAAAGAGGAGACGUUUUAAGCUUUUGUUAAAAUAAUAUUUACACUUGACUGUCAAUUCCAAAGUUUCUUUGAGGGGAGGGGUAAACUGCCCACCUAAUCCUUCCUUAACUCAAGUUGACAAUAACUUCUAAAUAAGCCCAAAAGUUUGGUUAGGGGAGGGUUAAGCAGGCACUCCUAGGCCCUAGAAUCCUAUACUGAUCGAAGGCCAGGGUAAUCUGGGUGUUACUAUAGUAUCGACAAAUAAUGUAAUCAUUAUGUCACCUGCAUGGAAUAAUGAAAAAAUAUGAGUCCCGGAGGGGAAUUGAAACUAUGCCCUUUCGUACACCGGUCGGAUGCUCUAAUCACUCAGCUGUUUGUAUGCUGUAAACUAAUGGGCUUAUACAUCUUCGUAAGGGGUUUUAGGAUCUUUAAUGGGGCUUAUAAAACGCUUCGAAACAAGCCAUAGCAGAGCUUGUCAAAGUUCGCUUUGUAUUUAUUGGGUUUUAAUCAAGCGUUAAAUGUCAUAGUUGCAGCGAGGAAGGGGUCCUAUUUCCUUUUUUACUAGAUUUGCCCAAAGUUACUCGCGGUUCGCCGCGAGUUUUCUCAAACUUUCCGGACUUCAGUUAGCACUCGCAUCUUAGCCUAUGUUCUUAUUACUACCGUGAAGACCGUAGUUUGAUAAUUGAAUUAAGCCAUGAUGCGCUGGUGACAGCUUCUUUGUAUAUGUUAUUGUGAAAAUAUUCAAUCGAAACAGCAGCUUUAAUAACUUCCAACUUGGUUUGCAGAGGUUUCCUUCUGUCCCAAAAGUGUUGGCAACUGUACGUCACAGUAGCAUCAGCAUGCCACAGGACGCCAUGAACAUGUGGGUAGAAGAGUUACAGGAAGACCACUUUAGAGUCUGCCUGCGGGAGGUAAAAACAUUUGACGGCAAGCACCAAAAUAUUCAAGUGGUAAGUUGGUCUGUUACAUGAGUUUUAAUUGUUUGUGAGUAAUAAUUUGUAUUUGUUGUUGGAUACAGUUUUUGAAUUUAUGCAUUAUAAAAAUGAGGAUUAUCAAAACAGUCUGAGUUUUCUAUCAUUUUCGGUUGCUUCUUAUGAAGGAAUAAGAGUCUACUAUAGACUGUUCGACAGUCCUCUAUUUUUCCGUAAGAUCGUUGAGAUCGAGAGCUUUGCGUUACGGGCUACCCAUCUUGUAUUAGUGUCAAAACUACCUAGGGGGUGGGGGCUAUGAUCCCCAACGCCUGCCCCCUCGGUACAUUUGAAAAUUAAGAUGGCGGUGACGGUAAGACGCGGCAUAUCUAAACGAUCUCACGAAAAAAUAGGGGACUGUGAACAGUCUAAGUCUACUAAAAGUAAAAUGAAAAAUUGGACUGGUCCGCUAAGGUUAUCAAAUCGCCGAAAGAGCGUCAAUGACCUUCUGAUUCCUUUUGUUAAAAUUUCACGAUCCGGCAGAGUUAUUAGCUUCAUCAGUUUUACAAUUACAGCAUCCUCUCUAUGCAGCAAAUGCUAAAUUAGCAACUGAUUACAACAAGUUCUUUUGUUUUCUAGGACUGGUUAGCCUUUACCCAAGGAACUGGUGAGAUGACAUUCCAUGGAAAACUUCAGUUUGAGAAUGGUGGCGCUCCACUGGAACGAGACAACUUCGCUUUCUGCAAGGUAAUAGAUAAAUUUUGGUAGUAGAACGUUGAAAAGGUAGAUAUUUGAAAUUUUACUAGCAACUUAUUUGUCUUGCAGUUGGUAGAGCUGAGCCAUGAUGAACUUUGUGACAAAUCAAAGAAUUCAAUCCGCUUUGGAUUUUCGGAAGUAAUACAAUUAUCAUGUCCUGUGUUGCCUUAAACAUGUGUAGCAAAUGUAAAACGUGAUGAGAAUAAGGAAGAAUGGUACUUUUGCCUAAGUUCCUUUUUCGUCCCUCUUCCCCUUUCCCUGUCCUUUUUAUCAAUAAUUACAGGCUAACUUUGCUUCUUGUCCCUCCUUCACAGGUUCUUAACUAUACCGAGGCGUUUUAUGCGCCUCCCGUUGUUAUGGUAACAGUCAGUCAUCUUUAUGACAGCAAUAACGUUUAUUCUGUUAAGCCGGAGAACAAUGUUCUGAACGCCUGGAUAGAGGUAAAAUAACGACAUUCUUUACUGUCAUCCGCACGCUUAAUUGCAACUUGAAAAUUAAUUUAUUUUUGCGUAAAAGUAGGCCGCCAACUGAUAGAUUCCCAACAUGUUUAUCUUUUAUCUAAUGCGGUGAAUGUUUACGAUUUGUGACCACAGGAAAUAACGAUUUCAACUUUUCGCGUAUGCGUUAAGGACUUGGCAGGAAUGGAAAGCCAACAUGAUCCAGUUACUGUUCACUACACAGUUAUUGGAGGUAAAUAUCCUAAAACUAAAAUGUAGUGUUACAGUCUCUUUUGCUGCCGUAACAUUUCCUUAGUCUCGAUCUCGUAGGUUCUUGAAACUACUGCAAAGGAUGGUCGAAAGAAAGCUCCAAGAACAAUUGCAUUCAGCGUUCCCCUUAUGUUUCUCGUACUCGAUUCGAAGAUCCCAAUAAGUAACGAUGAGUAAAUAAUUACAGAAACAGUUAGCAAAUUAAGUGACAUAUAAAAUAAUUAAUUGAAUGGAUAAAUAAAUAAAUAAAUAAACGAAUAAAUGAACUAACAUUGAUUUGGCCAAGAUUUGGCAUUUUGAAUUGUUGCGUGUAUCAUUUGUUAACAGAUCUUGACCCGUGCAUCAAUGUUUCCUGCAAGUACUUUGCAGUAUGCAAGGCGUUCGGUCCCAGGGACGCGCGGUGCAUUUGCGUGGAUAAUUGUCCAUCAUUCGAGGAGCCUGUGUGUUCCUCCAAUGGAACUACAUACGAUAACGUGUGUGUGUUCCAGCGAGAAAUGUGUCAUCUCCGGGCAAACUUCACUGUCUAUCAUCCAGGAGAUUGUACAGGUAAUUUUGCUUCUGAGUCAUUAUAUUUUGUUGCAUUUUUUAGACAAGUAAGUUCUUCAGUGUUUACUGGCUCCCUACGGUGUGAAUAAUCUCAUAGUUGAAUAAACCUCCUCAUGAUUUUCACUCGUGAGUAACGUUUGAUGUUACCAACAAGGCAGUGUUUAAAUUCCGCUGACGUACCUUCUCAAAAAUUUGGUUCCAAUUCCCUUUUAAAUUCAGUCUUGAUGAAAGCUUGGGUAAUAGAGGCUUUACAGCUUCUAGUUGCCAAGCUCUGCUGUCUUCUUUGUGGCUUAAAUUCAAUUCAAUCUUGGCUGGACAUUUUUUAACCAAACAGUCUUACAAGUUUUUGUUGUUGUUGUUGUUAUUGUUUGUUUUCAGGAUUCCCCUCCCAAAAAGGCCGUCAUCGCCUCAGUCACAACCCAGUUUGGGCUGAAGCAGUUUGCGAACAAGUUCCACUGGAACCUUACGUCUUUUAUCCUGACAAACCGGUUCAAAUACAGGUUUCUGUCAAUCACGUGAACUUCUCAGACCCAGGCUAUGUUCACGAGGCAGUGGUUGCUUGGGUUGAAGACAUCAUGGGGAACAAUUUCACAGUGUGUGUCACACAGGCUGGUAGAAACGAGAGGAGAAAUGGAGAAACGUUUGCCACAGUGGACUGGCUGGCAUACCAAGGAGCCCCUGACGGGGGAGUGUCGGGUGAAAUGGACAUGCCAACCUGGUGGACUGGAACGUGCUGUCGUACAGUGUCGCUCCCCUCGGUGAGUUCAAUUUGUAGUAUUCUCAAGUUCAUAUAGAGUGUCUUUUAAGGAGGCUCCGUCAUUGAUACUGGAUCAUUUAGCUCAGAGUGACAAAUUUUCCGUCAUACCUUUUUCGCUUUUAACGCGAUGGCUGCGAAACUUUGCAAAGAACAACAGAUAUCAUUCGGCAAUAGUACGAAAUAUUCCGAUUUCAUUGCUGGUAAAUAUUUCUUGAGAAACUAAAUUAGCCCUUAAAAGGACCCUACUGUUCAAAGAAAAUCGCGUCCAUUAAAAAAAAAUGCUGAUAUUUUUUACUGAAAUUUCUGGUAUCGGCUUUUAUUGAAAUAAUAAAUAUUCCAGAGAAAUUUCCGAAAAAUUGUUGGAGCAGGUCACUCAAAAUUCAGCUGUGAAAUUGCGUUGGAAUUUCAAAAAUAAAUUACUAUCGGGUAGAAGGAGCCACCAGUUCGAAUUUUCAGGACAAGUAAAUUCAAUGUUUGCUAAUUCUGAAAACAAAAGCCGAUUACCUAUCGUGCAAUUCUUUGAAAGGUCCUUUUUAGUUUUAGAAGCACUAUAAAUUGCUCCAAACCUUGCUCUGACGUCGAAUGAUUUGUUCCUCGGCAUUUUAAAAUACUCUUUGGCAGUUUUGGUUCAAACUCCUGCUACGUAUUUUGAUGAAUUGCAAUGAAUCCUCAACGGCUCUUCCUGCUGUACGUUGCUGCCAAUUCAGGGAAAAGGUUUUGGGAUUGUAAGCUACCUUGUAUUGAAGCUCAGAUAGAACUGUCCAGCACCUUUGUUUAUGACCAGAAAAUGAGCUCGAGCGGCCGGUCUGCGAGGACUUCGCACCUCAGCCAGGGGGGGCGAAUGACGAACCGAUCUGUAUAAACAUGUAUUGCAGAGCAAAACAUAAUAAUCAAGAUAAAACUACCCAUUCAUUGAAGGAAGGAGUGACAAAAAUUUCAGAGUUGUAAAUUUAUCCACGGGCAUUAGUUUUGCGAUAAUUUUAUUUUGCACUGUGAUGUAAUUCGGUUCACAGGCAUGGACAUCAUAGGCCUUAUCACGUUUUUGACGAGUAGGCAACCGCGUGAGAAAUUACAGUGUUUGUAUGAGAAUCUAAUGUCCAAAAAUUUCCGUAAAACGGCUGUACUGAAAAAAAUAUGAAUUGUAAACUUAACUUUCACUCCUAACGAUUCUUCUGAAAAAAUUUGAGGUCGUUACAUGCAGCUAUAUGCGUUAGAACCAGUUUUUAAAAUUUUCUAUACAUUUGCCAGUAAACGUUUUCCGGGAAAAAAUUGCAGACAAAUAUGUGGAAAAUCUGAAGCAAGCGUCUGGAGAAAUUUAAGCACAGUAACGGCCCCCAAAAUUUGGUAGUAAAAUCCUUUGCUGUGUAGCUUUAGUUCACAGUUCAUAUUUUUUUCAGAACAGCCGUUUUACGGAAAUUAUUCGACAUUAGAUUUUCAUACAAACAUUGUAAUUUCUCACGCGGUUGCCUACUCGUCAAGAUGGCGUCGAAAACCGUGAUAAGACCUAUUGUCGUUUGUCCCCCUUGGGUGAGGUGCGAAUUUUUUGCAGAACUACCACUCGUGCUCAUUUUGUAGUCAUAAACAAAGGUGCUGGACAGUUCUCUCUGAGCUCUGAUACGAGGUAGCGUCCAAUCUCAAUACCUUUUUCCUGAGUUGGAAGCAUCGAACAGGAGUAAAAGUCGUUCAAAUUGCAUUGCAAUACAUCAAAAUGUAUGUGGCAGGAGUUUGAGUGAAAACAGCCAAGGAAUAUUUGAAAAAUGUCGAGGAACAAGUCAUUCUACUUCAGAGCAAGAUUUGUAGCAAUUUAUUGUGCUUCUAAAACUAACGAAUAGCACGAUAGGCAAUCGGCUUUUGUUUUAAGAAUUAGCAAACAUUGAAUUUACUUGUACCGAAAAUUCAAACUGGUGUCCCCUUCUACCUGAUAGUAAUUUAUUUUUGAAAUUCCAAAACAAUUUCACUGCUGAAUUUUGAGCGAUUUUUAGUUGCGGACUUCUGCUCCAACGAGUUUUCGGAAAUUCCUCUGGCAUAUUAAUUAUGUCGAUUAAAGCCGAUACCAGAAAUUUCAGUAAAAAAUAUCAGCAAUUUUUUUUACUAGACGCGAUUUUCUUUGAACAGUAGGGUCCUUUUAAGGGCUAAUUUAGCAAAAUAUAUUUACCAUCAAUGAAAUCAGAAUAUUUCGUGCUAUUGCCGAAUGAUAUCUGUUGUUCUUUGCAAAGUUUCUCAGCCAUCGCGUUAAAAACGAAAGAGUUAGGACGAGAACUUCGUCACAGCUAAAUUCGCCUGUAUUCAUGACAGAGCCACCUUAACUAAAUGAGGAAUAGUACAUGAGCGACAGGACUGUUACGGACCGGAAAAGAUACUAAAAUUCCUCAUGAAAGUGAUGCCUAUAGGGUACAAGGGAAGGAAAUGAUAAGAAAUGAUAAAUAAAAUUAGAGUUUCAUAUAUUUUUUAUUUGCGUCCUUGACUAGACCUUUUAAUAAAAUAUAUUUACACAAAAUACUUUUUUCUACCAUAAACCAUAAAUUGUUGCAUUUAUAUAGCUGUCAUAACAUCGCAUAUUAUUUAAGUAAUUCGUACAUGAUAUCACCGUUCCUUUUUUCUUCAAAACUAUAACAAGAAUUUCGAUUUUUAGAUUUGAAUUCUAUUAAAAAUAUAUUUGAAACCUUUUUCUAACAAUGUUCCUUUUGCCUCGAUUGUCGUCAUCAUAGAGAAAGUUUACUUCAGCGCCCACAGUCCUAGUGUCAUCGGAGCAUGAAAGGCGCGGUGUAAAACAUGAUGCUUCCUCUGUGUGGGUUGAAGAUGUCACGACAACCUCCUUCAAGAUCUGCGUCAGAGAGUUACAAAACUUUGACGGCGCUCAUGAAAGCAUCCAUAUUGUAAGCUACUUCGUUUAUUCGCUAUGUGCACUUUUUACUACGGGAGUACACUUUAUGCUCAUUUGAAUUCCUGUUUUAACGAUGUGGUGGUCAAAUUAUCUUUUAUACAGCACUUUUCUGCUGAAAAGGCACAAGUUUAGGCAAAAUAGGGUGUUAUUGAAAUUACAAAGAAUGUUGUUCUAAAUAAAAAUGUUUUUUGGGUUUGAAAAUCUUUUUACUUGCAGAUGUACCUUGAUAGUUUUAUAUUGAAUGUUACUGUACGACUUUCCCUCUUUUGCUCUGGCCUUAAAAUUACAAUUUGUUUGAUGUGGCGCAUGUUUGAUGCAAGUACCAGAAAAAAAAUGUUGGGCUUUUUUUCAAACUUAUAGUAUCAACUUCCGUCUUACACAUUUCUGAUAGAUUUUUUAUUAACUAUUUUAUAUGCCCCCCAACAUGAAGAUGGUUACCUGACAAUUAAUUUUUUCGUUGGCAGGACUGGAUAGCUUUUGAAGAACUUCAUCGACCUCUUUUCAGAGAGCAUGGUGCUAUUUACUUUUCCAAUGUGAACAAGCCAUCAAAGGAUGUGAACUAUGCUUUUUGUGAGGUAUGUUCUCUCUUAUCUCCUCUGGAAUGACCUUUCCUCCAACCGAACUCCCCUCAAUUCAGGGACUCGCUCACUCACUUUCGCCUACCAUUAUUCGAAUGCGUUCUUCUUGCGGUUUCCAGUCCUCCUCUCUGUUAUCUUGCAUAUACAGAGGGAGGUGAUUUUAAUGUUCAACGCCAAGACCCGCUUUGAAUUGAAAUAACAAAAUUGUCAUUCUCCUACAGCUGGGAUGUCUUAAAUUUCCUGUCUGCUAUGAAAUGUUACUUUUAAUGUUAUUUUUAACACUAGCCUUGAUUAAUGCUUCAAUUUUCGCGUUCUCACUUGUAUUUCUUUUCUUUUCUAAGGAUGUUGUCUUCAAAAAGCAUUACAAUGAUUCUCCUGAAGUCCUGGUGUGUGCAAACCAUACAACGAACGGAGGAAACCUUAAUCCAUUGUACAACUCCAUAUCAGCUUGGGCUGAGGUUAGACGUUAUUUUAAAAUGAAAGAGCGGUUUUUCAAUCAAUAAGCGUUGUAAAUUUUCAAUUUAUAUUUUUCUUAACAAGGCCUUUACAUUUAUGUGUUAACUCCCUUUCCUCUCUGCGAUAGGAUUGUAGUAUGAUAACAACAGGUGUCAAUGAAACUCGUAGACGGGGUCCAUUGUUUUUUUACUUGUUUUUUCUUUUUCCUAAACAAAACAGAAAACGAAACCAAAACUAAAACAAACCAGCAAAAAAAAAAGGCAGUGGAACCCGACCUCGAUGGAAGCGUUUUACUGACAAUUUACACAAAAUGGCUUAGGAGAUGUCAAUAAGAGCUUUUUUGACUGCGGCCGACAGGGAAACGACAGCUUUUAGCAGCCAGUUCUUUCUGACUACUGCGUCUUUUCUCUGUCAGUACAUAAACAAGACCGGUUUUAGAGCCUGCGUGAAGGAGCUGUUUGUACAACAACAUGAUCCUCUGUCAGUAUCAUAUGCAGUCUUACCAGGUGAGAAAACUUUGAAAUUCGGUUAUGAUGUCACUCGGCAAUACGUGUGCAUACUGAUAACUGAUUAUGAAACUAUCUUCAAUGAAGUCCAUCCUGACUGGGUUGUAACAGGACAAGUACCUCUUCAAUGCAGUCGAGGAGACGGGCGAUCGAUCUUUUCUUUUCUUCUUCUUUUUUUCGGGCAUAUAGCCACUGCAAGCUACAAAACUUCCUUGUUUUAGUGAGAGUAGUCAGUUUAUUUGGUCCUUUCUUUAGAGCUGGAGAGAAGACUUAAUUCUAAACUUUUUCCAUUCAUUUUUGUGUUCUAAAGAUGUCUGUCCACCUGGAUGGAGCUUCUACAACGGUUCCUGUUACUUUACAAGCGAAAAAUGUGAGACAUGGACCAACGCAAGUUUAAUGUGCCGAUCAAUGGGAGCUAAUCUACUUGCCAUUGAAAGCCAGGAAGAAAACUUCUAUAUUCAGCACAGGCACAAUGUUGAUAAGGCGUGGAUUGGUUUGAAUGAUAUUGCCACUGAAGGAGUAUUCGCUUGGGUGGAUGGAUGUCCUUUUAAAUUCCGCUACUGGGCUCAGAAUCAACCAAACAACUUUAGAGAAGAAGACUGUGUUCACACUCUUGGACCGGGGCAUGGGUACAUGUGGAAUGAUGUAGAUUGUUCAGCUUGCCAUCAAUACACUUGUAAAAAAGGUAGAUGUUUUUUAAUGAAAAACCUAUGUAAACUGUUAGUGGUAAUCCUACCAGUAUUUGGAUCCGGGCCUGCCACUAAAGCAGGCCAGCGCUAUUCCAAAUAGCCAGGCGACUACUCCCUUUUUAUGCACAGUACACAAUAAUUUGCGAAAGAAUAAAAAGCUAUCAACCAUAGAAUUUACCUUACUGUAUUUUUGCCAUGCAAAGAAAGCUCAGUGCUGGUCGCUGCUUAAGUCCUUUACGAGUCUUGACAAUAACUUUUCUAUAAUGUUACGUAUACUUAGAUUAUGACGAAUGCACAAGUGGUCCAUGUUUGAACGGAGGAACUUGCGUAAACGGCAAAAGAAAAUUUAGCUGUAUCUGUCCUCGCACUCAUAAGGGAAAGAUAUGUGAAGGUAUGCGUGCAAGUUAAAUCUGUUCAUUGGCCCUAAUUUUACUAAAUUUGUGUCAUUUAACGUCGAUUGCUCUCGUAAUCAGGAUAUUUGUUUUUACGUCUCAGAGUUUGAUGAAUGUUCCAGCAGCCCCUGUUUCAAUGGUGGCACUUGCACUGAUGGAAAGAACAACUACACGUGCGCAUGCCCUUCACCGUAUUUUGGAAAACAGUGCCAAGGUAUGAUAUGUAAACAUGGUAAACACAGAUAAUAAAAAGGAUAAAAAGCAAAUAAGGUAAGGGCUGUAAAGGUGGCUCGACUGGAUUUUGUUAGGGGGAUACCUAUAAGUUUGAACAUUAACUACGUCAGCAGGGGUAAAGAUAUGGAAAAAAGGUUACCACAACUGUAUUACAUAAAGAUGAAAAUUUUUUAUGAUCUGGGUUUUAUUGCAAUCGGAGUCGCCAUGGCACCCUGCAAGUUUUAAGAACAUUGACAACAGGGAAGGCUUUUAAAUAGGGCCUCAAAUAUAGCCAAUUUUACCCCCAGAUUUUGUGUUUACAAGCGAGCGUCCUCAUUAUUCACUGGCAACGUUUUCAAGUUUCAUAUACACGUGCACAUUUAGCAAAAAGAUUGAAUUUGCAUCAAAAAGGACCCCCGGUUAAAUAUCUGGGAUAUGCUAAUUACCGGGUAAAGAGGUUAGAGAUACAUUAUAACAUCAGAGCAACUCUUUGUGAGAGUUUCUGUGAUAUUAUAACCCGAGUAAGAUAAUUAAGUAUUGCAUCCUACACGAUGAGCCGUGACGUUCACCGUUUCGGCUCUCACUGCUAUCUGUGACGACAAGCCAAUUAUCAGCAUAUACCGGAUAUUUCUUCGGAAAGUAAUCGAGAGUUCUUUUUGAUGCAAAUCUAUAUCUUUUGCUAGUUGUGCACGUGCAUAUGAAACUUGAAAACAAUGCCAGUGAAUAGUGAGGACGCUCGCUUGUAAACACAAAAUCUGCGGGGAAAAUUGGUUAUGUUUGAGUCCCUAUUUAAAAGCCUUUCCUGUUUUCAAUGUUCUCAAAACUUGCAGGGAAUAUUCCUUGACGAUUGAUCUCGGAAUUGUCGAAUUUAUAAAAAAAAUUUAUCAAGCGGUUUUUGGAAAAAUGCGAAAUUUUUAGGCAUGGACCUAAUUACCUCCAAAAACUGUAUCAAAAGAAGCUGAAUGCAAGUUAAUAAAAUUCUUCUUACUCGCGAUCACCCGGAGCAAUUCCCCUCUUUUUUUGUAUGCAGUUUUCAAUGGAAUCAAACCACUAUGAGAUGAAGCCGCGUUCCCAAAGCUUAUCAUUUUCUUAAAAUAUUAGCGAAUUGAGCGGCUGGCAUGCUAUUUCACUGCUUUGAUGAUUCUUAAAACAGCAUUUCGAAAUAUCUCGAAAACGCUCUCAUAGAAUUUCUUCAAACUUUGCCAUAAUGGAGGCAAUUAUGGCAGGUACAUACUCCCUUAAGCGAUUUCUUCAAAAAACUCCUGGUACAGAGAAACACAACGAUAAAUGAAAAAAGUAAUGGCGUCAUUACGUUGCCAUGGCGACUCCGAUUGCAAUAAAACCCAGAUCAUAAGAAAUUUUCAUCUUUAUAUAAUACAGUUGUGGUAACCUUUUUCCAUAUCUUUACUCAUGCCGACGUAGUUAAUGCUCAAACUUGGGAGGUAUCAACCCCAAAAAAUCCAGUCGAGCCACCUUAAGGUACAUUUCUCUUCAAUACGUUCUUUCAAUGUAACUUGGCGGUAAUGUGCUGCGGACAGUGCAAUAUUUUUGCUUUUUCAGGCAGUGAGAGCUUACAAUCUUGAGAGAAUCAUCUAUAAAAACAUGUACAAUUGGCACUACCUCCUCUAACAUCUGGCGGUCCUCCCCUUCCGCGCUGUUUAGCGUCAUCUGACCAAGCCUUCACCUCACUUCACGCCGGGCUAGGCGUGAAGAACGGCUGAGCCGUUCCAAAUUGAAAUAGGCGUUUCUAAUGGAUUCAGGCGCCGAACUUUUCAUGCACUUAAUUCAAUGUAUUAGGUUCGGCUCAUGAAAGGUCCGCGUCUGAACCGGGCCUUGUUUUCAUCCGACAGAUACCGAUGAAUGCAAAUCUAAUCCAUGUUUAAACGGAGGGACGUGUGUGGAUGGAGUUUACAACUUUACUUGCGUUUGUCCAAGCGUUUAUAUUGGAUGGAGAUGUGAAAGUACGCGGGUUUGAACUAUUUAAAAGUUACUAAAUAAGUACUAAUGGUCAUUAAUCGCAGAUCAGUUUUGCAGGUUUUGCACCAGGUUUUUGGUUAGUUGACGUGUCACUCUUGUUAAAGUAAACCGAAAGGUAAAGCUUGCAGCAUGGGAUAUUAUUGCCCAAUUAAUCGAGUUCUUAAAUUCGAUACUGAAAGAAACGGUCAUCUGAUAAAAAUGUCAAAUUUCAAGAUUCGAAGGCGAUGAUGUUUCCCGGAUUCGUGGGACUGAUUUACUGGCUUGAGACUUGUAACAGGUCUAGUCAUAAGUCAAAUAAGAAACUUCCUUUCUUAUCAUUAUUCUUUUGUGUCUGGCUAUUCCUUUUGAAACUUAUCCUUUUUCCUCUUUUAAGGUAUUGCCAAAAUAUCAUGUAAAAAUCUCUUGACCGCUGGCUAUACCUCAAGUGGAACGUACUAUUUGAAAGUCAACGGUUAUUCAUUUCAGGUCAGUUCAUUUUCGUUUUUCUCAAAGUAAAUUGGUAAGCCAUUGAUUAAAUAAGUACAGGAAAUCCUGUAUUCGUCAGCGGACACAGGGAACCCUCGCUAGUGCCUGCUAAAUACAGAGUUUACUUUAUCAUGUUUAUGGAAUAUAUGUUUUUUGUAGCAAUAAUGUCAUAGAAAGUUCUUUGCUUUCUGCUACGCUUUUCUACGCUCGCUGCUACGGCUUUUCAGGCAUAGUAAUGUGUGUAACAAAGUGUGUGACGUAAUUGAAUUGUAUCUAGAGAUUAAAUUUCUCACAAACUGAGAAAACCUAGAAAUAGUAAUGGAGUUACUGUGAAGCCAUGGAUAAAUCGAUCUCUUAAAUUGUUACUUCUUAAAAACUCUUAUUUUACAAUCCGAUUACCUGUAUGCUUUAGAGAGUAGGUGUUGUCUCAUGUGAAACUGUUAAAUACGUGAGAGACAAUUUCAUUGCAUAAUGCUAGCUGAUUACUUUUGCUGGUCUUAGGUGUACUGUGACAUGUCUGAUGGUGGGUGGACACUUAUUUCACGAUUCUCCAAUGCUGACAGUAAAAACUGGAUGAAAUACAGCGGUGAUUGGUGGUAUGACCGAACAACAUAUUAUGGCAGCGUUACUAGCACAUCGAACAACUAUGACAUGAUAUCACCUGCAUUCUGGCUCGUUCGAGGAAAUUAUAUUAAAAUUACCCGCAAUGAUGACAACUCGCAUACCUAUCUGUUGUACACUCCUAAUGGCUGCAUCGGCGGAAAUACCUUCAGAGGCUUUAUAACCAGCUUUGGUAAUUUCAGAAAUGGUAAAACUUGGAACAGCAACGCUUGCAGAAGAUCGUGUUAUUCCUAUUUUGGGGGUAGUUACUCAUCCACAUGGGGUUUCGGUCUAGCGACAUGCAGCAGUAAUCUUAAGAGUAGCAAUUACCUGUCCUUUUGGUGUAACUGGUCUGGCGACUCAUCUGUGAUUAUGAUUGGUGGAGGUGGUAGUUCCUGCAGGAGGUCGGAUCAUGGCAUCGGUAUCACAGAGAGGGGCAGCGCUACGUUAGGCCCAUACACUAGUUGUGACCAAGACUUUGGUGAUAACUGCCGCCAUACUAGUAGUUAUUCUCUUAAUCUGUGGAUUAAAUAG